CCAGCAACUACUACACGCCUUCAUUUUCCACGGCCUAUGAUGUUACCUAUGAUAUUUUCAAUCAUAACCCAAUUGCCUAGUUCGCAUGAUGGCUUCUUCAGACAUCUGGAUCACUCCUCUGGUUGAACGAUUGCUAAACCAUUACCUCGACGGGCCAAAGAGCGAAACGUAUGUAGAAGAUGAUGGAAGUAACCUACGUUUCGCAGACAAUAGUCCGCAUUCGGCUCUGAUAGUGGAGUGGACGAAAGACGACAGAUCACCCAUGCCCAAUUUGACGGACACGAAUACCCAGAUUCAAGCGAUCCUUGCCCGAGAGUCGUUAGAAGAAUAUGGUAGGGACUACCCUGACCAACCGUUGAGCAAGGUUAUGCGGGGACAUACUAUAAACUUAUUGGAUUUCGAGCUUGUCUUCGAAUACACCACCUCAGAGCCCAAGCUUCAUCUAUACGUCAAGCGUUUCAGCAUCGCAUGGGACAAAGGCAGGUUCAAGGGGCCGCCACAGGGCAAGAUAAUCAGAAAGAAUCGUGGGGUGUAUGACUUGAUGCGAUCUGCCCUUCAGAGGGCCAAGUCUCGAGAGACUGCCACCACAGAUAGUGCGCGAAAUGGGAACCACUCCGAUGAGUCGAUCAAGUCUCAGGACAGCGAGACAGAUGGAAUGAACGUCUCUCAGAACCAGUUAAUGUCCCAGAUGCCCCCAAAGCAACCAGUAGAACUCUUUGCUAGUGCCUUUGCCUCUGCGAAGACGCUGUUGGGUUCCUUGAAACCCUCUGCCACGCCGGCGCAAGACUCACAACAAAAGAGAGACAAUGAUACGAAUGUUGUUGCCUCAGGAAGAGAUCAUCAUGCUCUUGACGAAGCAACAAAAGAGCCUAAUAUCAACCGUUGCGCCGCGCAGAUCGAUGAGUUGUCCGCAGGUCCCUUGGUUGUUGACCCUGGUCAGAACGGCAAUGCAACCGUCAAGGAAUCUGAUCAAACUGAUACCGACACGGCUGGUAAAGUACCAGCCAAGAUCGAGAGCGGCAAAGCGCCUUCCAAUACUAAGACCCAGGAGAGAGCCUUGACAGAUUAUAACAAAGAGCCAGACCAUGCAUUGAAUAAAGAGGCAGUCCCCAGCCAGACUGUCCAGAAAAAUCAUUUGGAACAAGUUGAGCCAGCUGUGGAGACUCCCCUCACAGAUGUUCAUACCAGCAAUGCAGACCCUUGGGAUGGUAUGACAGAGAUUCGAAAAGAAGACAUUACUAUACCCAAGGAUCAGGCAAAGCUGCUGGACGAGCAGGCCAAACUUUGCUGGCUACCGCCAGCCCCUGGCCAGAGCUAUCCGCAACCCAACGUGCCCCCUUUGCUCCUACAUCAAUGGAAUGACAUUGCGUUGCAAAGAAGUAUUCGGGCGGAAGAACGUAGGAUCAAGGAGUUGGAGACCUUGGAACUUCACGGAACCCGUCCGAGCUCUUCGGGUGCUACCAGCUCCACUGACUCGGCCUAUGAGACCCCAAGCGGCGAUCGGAUCGAAUGGUCUCAGUCUCCUCCGCGGCGUCGGGACCUACCUGCGGACAGUAGCCCGCCCGAGGCAAGACCGGUAGAAAGGCCAACUAUGGAUAAAAGCAAUGGAGGAAAUGGUCCGUCGGAUCGGCCACCCCAUGAUGUGGAGGAGGAACGAUGGACAGACGUUCAUCAGGCAAUAUCGCAUGAACAGGAGGAGCUUCAACCUUUGCUAGAAGGUGCAGAAGAGUCCCACAAAUCUGUUGCACUUCCUACCGAAUUGCGCGUACAAGCUAGCGGGGAGUCUCUUCCUCAGCAUGACGACAGCGACGAUCGAAUUCACCUGCAAGAGCCCCAGGUUGAGUUUGACCGGAUGAGCGAGGACUCGGUAAUGGAUACGUCUGUCCCUCGUCCGCUGGGUGUAGAUCCAAGUCAAUCAGAGCAAGAACUUGGCAGCUCAGAUCCAUCGCUUCCGGGCGGUGCAAGCCAGGAGUCGCAACAGCCAAGGCAGUCAUCGUCCCCAGCCGCAAAAUUGUCUUCUCAAUCACGAAUUUGCAAUACCUAUCGUAGCAAUGAUGAGGCGAAGGAUCACAUUUCUCAGGACAUGUCGAAUUCAACGCAACUGCAUGGGACUGCGGAAUCCGGUGAAGUCAAUAUAAUGGAAACUCAGCUGAGCGGUGGGGAGUGGUCAUUUCCAGGCCCGACUCCCUCGAAUUCUGCUCAUCUGUUGAACUCUUCUGGCCCAAGGGACAGUGAGCCGAGUGUAUUUAUUACUGCAUCUCCGGGCCACGCAGAAGAGUCGUCGAACCCAUUUUCGUCCUAUCGAGAGGCUCACUCUUCUAUGCAGACAGACGACGGAAAUGGAAUAUCAACCGGCUUCCCCAGCCCCACUCAAGUUACACCUACUCGGCAUCGAGUGCCCCAGUUGAAACGACGCGUAUCUGAAAUUGACAUGGAGCAGACUCCUCCUUCGAAAAGACCAAGGAUGGCGUGCAGCGAAGACAGCGACUCUGUCCAAGAGCUUGCGUUCAGCGUGAUUUCGCGCCGAGAAACCUACAUCAAUCGCUCCGCGGAGCACGCUGAGGCACAGAAAGUCUACGAGAAGUUUCGGAGUGACUACCCCGACUACGAUGGCGACUUCAACCAUUUCGCGAUGUUGUGUUCCAAACUGCAGGCACUGCGGGCUAAAGGACAUUUCCAAAGGUCGUUCCUCUGGGAUGAUUUUGUUAUAAUGCACUUGAAGGAAUAUGAGCGUUACCUCAACCAAAUCGCAGCAGCUGACGUUAAGACACUGGAAUAUGAGAAUUUCUUCGGCUCCUAUGUAUUGAGGCCAUCGUACAAAAAGCGCAGUCUCACAGCGAAGGGUAUUGAAAUAUCUGCUGCGCAGCAUGAACCUUCCAGCGCCGCCAGCGUCCCAGCAAUCCCGCGGCAUGAAACAAACACCUCAUUCACCGGCAGCCUUGUAGACAGAUUCUCCAACUUCCACACCCGCUCCUUAGGGCCGGAGACUCCAGCCUCACAGUCUGCAACCACGGUUGAUCAACUAACAUGGAGCACGUCGCCAGCUUCUCUUAGAGAGCCAAUUCGCGACUCAUCCGCAAGAAGCCGACGCAUGGUUGAGGGACCACAUGAUAUGGAAGAACCGAGUCCUACCAAAGUCACCCGUUCACAUGAUCCUACUCCCAACUCACCGUCCGAAGCGAAGGCUGGUCGGCUCGAGCGACCCGCGCCUAGGCAUCGCGACACGUUACAAAGAGGCAACCACAUCGUCGAGGAGGAGGAACCACACGAUGCGGAUGUGACACCUAGAGUCACCCGUUCACAUCACGUCCAUGAAAUUCCGAACCAAACAACCCCUUCACCGGCUAGAAAAGCUCUGGAACUGCAGGUAACCACUGGGGUUCCUCCUUGGCCCGAUGUCAAUCGCGAAGAUGAUGACGCGCGCAGCAUUCCCGAAACCAUCGCCAACAAUGACGAAGUCGAGCAGGGCUCAAUGGACGAAAUCGACGAGAAUGCUAGCGUCGAGCUUGGCGAAGACGGACAUUCCGCCGCUCCAGCGGCAGAUGAGUCCGACGCUGAAUCCGACGCAGUAAGCGAGGCCGACAGUUUUGACGAAGACUGGGUAGGGUGGCACUGCCGCCGGCUUCAAAGCACAGGGCCGUUUUGGUCCGACGAUCCCAACACGCCAUUCAAGGUGUUGGCCCGAGCGGACGCGAACGUGAGGUCCGAGCUACUGCGCCGUGGGAUGGCCCGUUUCCCUGUCGACGAGAGAGGAGUCAUCCAACCGCUCGUUGACUAUCCGCCAAUGGUUUCAUUGCGCGAUUUGCUGGACGGACCUCCUCCCGGUCCUGCGCCUCCAUCAGAUGAACCGCAAGGUUGAGCCACCAAAUUUUUCCUCAGCUCAGUACAUC